UGCUGGGUAAAGCGCUGCUGGCCCGGCAGUAACAAGAUGGCUGCUCCGGGAGAAUACUUCACUGUCGGCAGCCAGGUUUCCUGCCUGACGUGCCUGGGCCAGCAGCUGCACGGGGAGGUGGUCGCCUUUGAUUACCAAUCCAAGAUGUUAACUUUAAAAUGUCCCUCAUCUAGUGGGAAGCCCAACCACAACGAUGUUCUACUGAUUAAUUUAGCAUAUGUUUCGGAUGUUAAAACAAUUAAUGAUCGGACAGAAACUCCUCCACCCUUAGCUUCACUGAAUGUUAACAAGCUUGCCAACCGAGCACGGACAGAGAAGGAAGAGAAAUUAAGCCAAGCAUAUGCAAUUAGUGCUGGAGUUUCUCCAGAAGGACAGCAGCUUUUUCAGACUAUCCAUAAGACCAUCAAGGACUGUAAAUGGCAAGAGAAGAGCAUAAUCGUCAUGGAAGAUGUUGUAAUUGUACCACCUUACCAGGUUGAGAAUUGUAGAGGCAAAGAGGGAAGCGCAUUAAGUCACGUACGCAAAAUAGUCGAGAAACAUUUUAGAGAUUUGGAAAAUCAGAAGUUAAUGCAACAACGUUCACAAGCACAGCAAACACAGAAGGAAACUGCCUUGUCGUCCUGAGUGGCUUGGAUAGGUCCUUUGCAGAGCUUGAUUGGGGGAGGGGGGGAUUUUUUUUUCCUGGGAAGGGGGUAGUCCACAUGUUUUCCAGGGAGAAUCUACAGUGAGCUGACAUUUCCACUUCCAGAAGAGAAUAGACUUUACAAAAGAAAAGGCAACACUUAUUGUAACUUGACUAACUAUAAAUUACCUUUUUCCUUUGUUUGCUUUUUAAACAAUUUAAAGAAAAGUCAGAUAUUUUGUUAAUUUUAUUUUUUACAUGUUCAGUUGCUUUUUCAUUUCGUCCAUCACACUUUUUAGGUAGAUCCUAAACUGCUGUUUGUGACCUGCACAACAUACAACUUUCCAAACAUUUGUUCAGAGUAAUAACAUUCAAAGGCGGAGGAGAAAAGCAAAGCAAGAAGGUAAUUUAAUGUGUUUAAGUGGUUGUCCCGUUUAGGAGAGAAUAGCUUUUUUUUGAGUCCUUUUUUUCCAGAAACUUAUUCCCAGAGGAAUAAGUCCAGUCUUUUUUUUUAAAAAAAACGUCACAGAAAAGUCUUCCAGUGAAGAAUUGAGUAUCUGAUGAUGGAAGAUUUGGCUCAUUAGCUUAUAUCCUCUGACUGUGUACAGAAUCGGUUUGUCUUGCUAAGACAGUGCUUACGGAGAGUGUGGCCGUUUUAAAGGAUAUAACUGUUCAUGCAGUUUUGCAUGUGUCAUGUACUGUACACUUCAUUAAAUUGGAAGAAAAAGAUGGUUGCCUGGUCUUGCAUAAUAAAAUUAGACAGUAACAGUCAUUUAAAAGUCCUUUUUAUAGGCUGGUGAAGAAUCUAUGAUAAUGUAUAUUUUUAUUCGCAGUCCCUGUCAGCACAACACUAUAAUAUAAAUUGGAGGCAUUUAAAAAAAUUUUAAAGCUGAAUCUGUUAUUGACUUAUUUUGAUUGAGAAAAUGAAAUUAAAGAAAGUAAGAAGAAAUUUGUAACCAGUGUUCUUUAUUCUCUACUUUUGAUUUUCCCAUUGUGAGGAGUCUUGAGAAGGAAUGAUAACCACCAAUCAUUGUGCCAAGGAAUAUAAUUCUUAAUGUUCAAAACUCUGAGAUCAGCAAAUAUCAUUGUGUGGUAUUGAAAUUUAUCACGAAAGUUUAUAAAAUCAGCAUCCUCCCCCAAGUUAAGUUUUUCAGGAUUGUUUAAAAGGCAUAAUAUUUAUGUCCUUUUUAUGUAUGCCUUCUAAGCAAGGCUGUACAGUAAUCCAAAAGUUAUGGUGCACAUAUGGCUGCAUAACAAAUUUAGAUGACCUGUACAGUUGAAAAUAAAAAUUGUGCAGCAUUCCAAAAAACUGAAGAGUAUGUUCAUCAAUUAUGUCUGAAAAGUAUAGUUGAUUCAAAUCAAAGAUUUCUAUUUAAAAUCCAUUCACGAUGAGAUGAACUUGAUAUCAAACCAACGAAUGAACUUUCAGAAUUGGUAUAAAUACCAAUUCAAUUAUUUUUAUUUUACUAUACUUAAGUAGCAGACAUUUCUUACAAUGUCUGUACCCAUCUACGCACAAGUGUCAUUUGGUCAGCAAAAUUUGCUAAAAACACAAUUAGGGGCGUUUUAAUGCAAUGUGGUUAAACGGCCUCAUUCCUUUAUAGUUUGGGAGGGUUCUCUGCAGGGGAAAAGGAAUUUCAACAAAACUUUAAAUUGUGAGUGUUGUUCUUCUGCUUCCUAAUUUAGUAAGUUUUUGUUUUCCCAGUAUACGCUAUGUUUGAUAUGUUUGUUUUCUCAUUGCUAAUAUUUUCAUUGCGUGCACAAAAAUUAUGUUUUUAAUUGAAGGUAUUAAUUUUCCAGUAGUGCUCAUAAUCUGGAAACCACCUUCAGUGGAGUGGGGGGGUUGAUGAAUAUUUUAAUCAGUGAGUAAAUGCAAAAAUCUUUCUUUCUUCCUUCCCUUUAAAAUGCCUUAAGUCUAAAUUGUGAAGUAUUCACCUUUUAUGGAUGGCUUGUUUAGUGUGAAGGAGUGGUGCAAGUUGUCUCUUGUUGGUUUGAUUUCAUUCUAUCACUGGAGGCAGCACUUUGAAUGCUGACCGUAGAUGUAUCCUUCUGUUUCGUGGAGGGACAAAAUGAUACAUGGAAUAAGAAGGCUGUCUUUGGCUAAUCUUGUGCAUCUAGAUGCCAAGCAUGAGCAAAUGUAAUUGGCUAAAUAAGAAACUCUUUGGUAAGAAGAUGAGGGAUGUUUACUUCCUCACCUAAAUUAUGCUACACGGGAUUUCUGCAACCAAGAGGAUAAUUUCUGCCAUUGAAAGUUUUUGGUGAACAACACAGAUUGUGACAGGAAAUACUAUGUUGCACUGAAACAAUAACCUGGAACUUGUAUCAAAUAAGAGUUAGUACAUGUGGUAUUGUGGAGUACAGUUUUGCAUGAAAUGCCAAUCUUGUGCCUCAACGAAUUAUCCUUCCUUCAUAGAAAUUGCUGGAAAAGCUCAGCAGGUCUGGCAAAUCUGUGGAGAGAAAUCAGAGCUAACGUUACAGCUGAGUGACCCUUCCUCCGAGUUGUUCUUGCCAACUUUGGCAUUCAGUAGCAGAUUUUAAGUUUCUCCAGUAAAGAAAAUGCAAAAUAAAGCUUCAGGAUGAUGGUGAAAUAGUGGGGGUGAUGGGGUAGCCUUUUCAAAGAACUGACACAAUGGAGCGGGGACACACUGGGAGCCGAUAUCUUUUGCAGAUGAAACGAUCAAAAUCCGGAAACGGCAAGGCUGAAGUGAUACAUUGACUCCCUAUCUCCAUCAUAAGUUUAAAAGGUGGGCGAUUGGAAAAAGUUGAUGUUCUUACCGGAUGAGUUAGAUAACAACCAGCACUAAGAUGGAGAUGGCACAUGCAAUUGAAUGGGAUUAUAUCUGAGGGAGACUUCCUAAACCGUUAGCUCCCCACGCUUUGGAACUUGUUUCUCAUUCUCCCCCCCCCCCCCCCCCCCAACCUCAUUGUCACAAAGCGACUGAACCGCCGAAAGUUGGAGACAGGAUGCAUCCAGUGGUUAUCAGUUGCCUCGGGAUAUUGGUGAGCUUCCUGCAAAUCGAUGGGUUCAAAGCGUGUCCCCGCCGCUGCUCCUGUUACGAUUCCUCGCAUUUGGCGGACUGCAAAGGGCGUUCUCUGAGCCACAUUCCCGGAGACAUCCCGCACAGCACCUGGAUGUUGGAUUUCGGGACCAACAGCUUGCGGGAGGUCCCCAGCAGUGCUUUCAGCGGCCACUGGGGACUCAGGAUCCUCCUGCUGCCUCACAACCGAAUCGAGAGCAUCCACCAGGGAGCUUUUGAAUCUCUGUCCUUUCUGGAAAUGUUGGAUCUGAACGCGAACCACAUACAGCACUUGCCUGGGGACUUCUCGGACAGCUUACAGCGUCUGCUGGAAUUGCGGCUGUCCAAUAACUGGCUUGAGUACAUCCACUACAACAGCAUGAGGUCUUUCGAGAAUUUGGAGAAAUUAGACUUGAGCGGGAACAGAAUCCAUUCCAUGGCAACAGGGGUUUUCAGAGGUUUAUAUAAACUCAGCCACCUGUUGUUGAAAAACAACAGGCUGCAUGUCAUUGAGGAUGGAUUCUUCUUCAUGCUUCAGAGCCUGGAAGCUCUGCACUUGGAAAACAACAACAUUACAAGCAUCGAGGGGGAGGCCUUCGCUUCUCUGCGCAGCCUGAGCCUCCUGUGUCUAAAUGGAAACCAUCUAAAGCACAUCGAGUUCAAAACCUUUCUGAACAUCCAGACCCAAGGCACUCACCUGCAGCUUGCGGAUAACCGCUGGGUUUGUGACUGCGACCUUCAGAGGGAGUUUGGGAAGAUCUCCAGCAUCCGACACCUGCGCGUGGAUGAUUAUGGCAACAUCAGUUGUUCAGAGCCCGGGCAGCUCCGGGGUGACCUGCUGGUGGAUGUAGACUCGCAGCUCUGUAUCGCCGAGACUGCCACUGUGCUGGUGAUAACCGGGACGGUGCUGGUAACGGUCAUAGCUGCCAUUGUCAUGGCCGAGAGAAACCGCAAGAAAAACAGCAACAAGACCUGGAAUGACAGUGAGGGGCCCUUGGAUUCCCAGGACAAAUGAUGAAACAAAAAAAAAAGCACAAAUCGUCUAAUUUAGAAGGCAGUUUCUACUGCCUGCCAGACACUAAUAGCAUCGGCUUAAUGUGGAGUAACGCAAAACCUUUCACUAAUAUGCUUAUGACUUGCUGAAAUCAUCACUUUCUGAGCAAACUUCCCCAACUUUUCACAGCAAUUGCUCACGUGGUUGUUUUUAUCUGUUGACACGAGGGCAUAUAAUAAUGGGUUGGAAAGUGUAGCGCUGGGGUAAGCACAGCGUCCAAGGUAGCAUCCGAGGAGCAGGAGAAUCGACGUUUGGGGCAUAAGCUCUUCAUCAGGAAUGAGAUCUCAUUCAAGGGGAUAGACUUGGAGUGAAGGGGCUAUUUUGUUCGAUCGUAGGGAGAGUACAGAAGAAGGCCAUUUUGCCUGUGAGGCUCGUAAGUGCAGGCCUUUCAGCCCCUCUACCUGAGCCACCUUCAAAGCUGAUCUCAUCGCGGCCUCAACUCCAACUUCGUGCCCACGCUCCCUAACCCCCCAACCUGUUACUAAUGAAAAAUCUGUCUUUGCUCUCCUUUAAAUGUACUCCGUAUUCUGACAUCUACUGCACUCUGCCUACUGAAUUCCACUGAUUCCCUAUAGAACAAUCCAGCCACUCCCAACCCAUUACUCUAUCAGAAUUCAUUUCCGUCAAGUGCCCUUCCGCAUUGCAUAUGGAGUCCUUGUUCUAGGUCUAAGCACAUGCAGAGUUUUGUUAUACAACUUUCAACAUCCUUAUUAAUUCUAAUUUUAGCAAAGAAUUGGCUCUCUGCUAAUGCAAAAUGAUUGCAAAUGAAGUUUAGCAAGUUUCCAUUAAUUUUAUUUUAUAAAGUUUCAGAUUUACUUUUUACUCUUGGUGUGAAGUUCAAGCAAUGAGUGCUGUCUUGGUUUAUGCAUACCCAUUAUUAACAUUGGAAGCAUUACCAAUUCACCUGAAAUUGUGUGUUUUUCUUGAAUUCAAAAUUGAAACUGCUUUGCAUAUCUGUUGUACUCAGUGGCCACCUGAAAAUAUACCAAUUUUAAAAAUCGGA